ACGCCGUUCUGAUAGUUUAAGCUUUCUUUGUGUUUUUCCUGGCUAAACAGAAAAAUGUCGGAGACUGCUCCAGUUGUUCCUGCUGUUCCCGCACCUACAGAGAAAACACCUGUUAAGAAGAAGACGAAGAAAACGGGCGCAGCUGCCGGAAAACGCAAGGCGUCCGGGCCCCCGGUGUCCGAGCUUAUCACCAAGGCUGUCGCCGCCUCCAAGGAGCGCAGCGGCGUGUCCUUGGCCGCACUGAAGAAAGCGCUGGCCGUCGCUGGUUAUGACGUGGAGAAGAACAACAGCCGCAUCAAGUUGGGUCUUAAGAACUUGGUGAGCAAGGGCAUCCUGGUGCAGACCAAGGGUACUGGCGCCUCGGGUUCCUUCAAACUCAACAGAAAGGCGGCCACCGGGGAAGCCAAGCCCAAGGCUAAGAAGGCGGGCGCGGCCAAGCCCAAGAAGGUUGCUGGGGCAGCUAAGAAGCCCAAGAAGGCCACGGGCGCAGCCACCCCCAAGAAGACCGCUAAGAAGACCCCCAAAAAAGCCAAGAAACCGGGGGUGGCUGCUGGGGCCAAGAAAGUGGCUAAGAGCCCGAAAAAGGCGAAGGCAGCCAAGCCGAAGAAGGCGGCUAAGAGUCCGGCCAAGGCCAAAGCCCCCAAAGCCAAGGCAGCCAAGCCUAAAGCUGCCAAACCCAAGGCUACAAAAGCUAAGAAGGCGGUCUCCAAGAAGAAGUAAAUCGGUAAUGGGUCGUCCUACUUUGAAAAUCUCAAAGGCUCUUUUCAGAGCCACCCACUAAUCUCAGAUAAAAGAGCUUAGCCGGAUAUGUGCUUCCGUAGCUAACCAACGAGCCUUGUAGUAAGAUAAUUUUUUUUUAAACUUGCCGCCCUAAUGUGAUUGGCUAUGCGUCAGGGUGCGC